UAGUGCUGACUGACCAGUGUGCCGGGCGGGGCCAGCCCUGUGACGUCACACCGCAAAGCAUGCUGGGAGAGGAAAACUCCAGGAACCUGAGGGAAAGAGGAAGUUCUGCUGGAAACGUCCUGUAAAGAGGCUCUGAUGUCCGGACAGCGGGAGGGAGAGCCCCGGCAUGAGGAGGAGCAGAAAGAGCUACAGUCAGAGGACAACACCAGAGAGAUGUCCGCGUCCUCUUCUUCCACAGGAUGGUCAGACGACUGUACCGGGAGCACAGAGGAACACCUGAUACCUACAUAUUAUGAUGCAGAUGAUUCGGUUGUCGCACCAGAUACAUAUGAAAAACGUGCCAUUAUCCCAGUUGUAUUCUCAGACCUUCAAAUUAAAAAUCUGCCACCUGAUCCUUUAAAAAAGACUGUUAUACAGAAUGCAAACCACAGAAGUGGUGCUGGAUCCCAAAGAGCUCAGAAAGGGAAGAAGUCUUAUUCAUGUUCAGAAUGUGGCAAAUGUUUUCCUCGAAAAUCACAUCUUGAUAUCCAUCAAAGACAUCACACAGGGGAGAAGCCAUAUUCAUGUUCAGAAUGUGGCAAAUGUUUUUCUCAGAAAUCAAGUCUUAAGAGCCAUCAAAGACAUCACACAGGGGAGAAGCCGUAUUCAUGUUCAGAAUGUGGCAAAUGUUUUCCUCGAAAAUCACAUCUUGAUAUCCAUCAAAGACAUCACACAGGGGAGAAGCCAUAUUCAUGUUCAGAAUGUGGCAAAUGUUUUUCUCAGAAAUCAAGUCUUAAGAGCCAUCAAAGACAUCACACAGGGGAGAAGCCGUAUUCAUGUUCAGAAUGUGGCAAAUGUUUUACUGUGAAAUCAAGUCUUGAGAGGCAUCAGAUAGUUCACACAGGGGAGAAGCCGUAUUUAUGUUCAGAAUGUGGCAAAUGUUUUACUCGGAAAUCACAUCUUGAGAGGCAUCAGAAAAUUCACACAGGGGAGAAGCCGUAUUCAUGUUCAGAAUGUGGCAAAUGUUUUACUGUGAAAUCAAAUCUUGAGAGGCAUCAGAUAGUUCACACAGGGGAGAAGCCGUAUUCAUGUUCAGAAUGUGGCAAAUGUUUUACUCAGAAAUCACAGCUUGAUAUUCAUCAAAGACAUCACACAGGGGAGAAGCUGUAUUCAUGUUCAGAAUGUGGCAAAUGUUUUCCUCAAAAAUCACAUCUUGAUAUCCAUCAAAAACAUCACACAGGGGAGAAGCCGUAUUCAUGUUCAGAAUGUGGCAAAUGUUUUACUCGAAAAUCACAUCUUAAUAUCCAUCAAAGACCUCACACAGGGGAGAAGCCAUAUUCAUGUUCAGAAUGUGGCAAAUGUUUUACUCUGAAAUCACAGCUUGAUAUCCAUCAAAGACAUCACACAGGGGAGAAGCCGUAUUCAUGUUCAGAAUGUGGCAAAUGUUUUACUCUGAAAUCACAGCUUGAUAUCCAUCAAAGACAUCACACAGGGGAGAAGCCAUAUUCAUGUUCAGAAUGUGGCAAAUGUUUUACUCGAAAAUCAAAUCUUGAGAGCCAUCAAAGACAUCACACAGGGGAGAAGCCGUAUUCAUGUUCAGAAUGUGGCAAAUGUUUUACUCUGAAAUCACAUCUUGAUAUCCAUCAGAGAAUUCACACAGGGGAGAAGCCGUAUUCAUGUUCAGAAUGUGGCAAAUGUUUUUCUCAGAAAUCAAGUCUUAAGAGCCAUCAAAGACAUCACACAGGGGAGAAGCCGUAUUCAUGUUUAGAAUGUGGCAAAUGUUUUACUCUGAAAUCACAGCUUGAUAUCCAUCAAAGACAUCACACAGGGGAGAAGCCAUAUUCAUGUUCAGAAUGUGGCAAAUGUUUUCCUCAAAAAUCACAUCUUGAUAUCCAUCAAAGACAUCACACAGGGGAGAAGCCGUAUUCAUGUUCAGAAUGUGGCAAAUGUUUUACUCUGAAAUCAAGUCUUGAUAUCCAUCGAUUACAUCACACAGGGGAGAAGCCGUAUUCAUGUUCAGAAUGUGGCAAAUGUUUUACUCUGAAAUCACAUCUUAAUAUCCACCAAAGACAUCACACAGGGGAGAAGCCAUAUUCAUGUUCAGAAUGUGGUAAACGUUUUGCUGACAAAUCAAUUCUUCAUAACCAUCAGAGAAUUCACACAGGGGUGAAGUCGUUUUCAUGUUCAGAAUGUGGAAAAUGUUUUGCUAGGAAAAAUCAUCUUGCUAAGCAUUUAAAAAUUCACACAGGGGAGAGGUCAUUUUCCUGUCCAGAAUGUGGAAAAUGGUUUACUCGGAAAGCAAAUCUUGUUAAUCAUCUGAAAUCUCACACAGAGGAGAAGUGA